CGUCAUCUUUCUGCGUAUUUGUUUUCUCUUUUUAUUUUCGGUGCUUGGAGGCAAAACAUCUCAGCAAAGACUCUGCAUUGUAUACCUACUCUGCAUUGUAUACCCGUGUCUCGUUUUCAGCAAAUUGACUUUAAACCAAGAAUGGGAUAACGUCGAACAAUACCAAUGAAAGCAAGGUGAAACUAAUGGAAAAUCAGGAAAGUGGACUUCCAGUUUUAAACUAACGAUUUUCGGGCUCAAUUACGACCUGGUAAAUUCAAUUCAAACGUGUCACGAUUAUAGUGUAUGUGGACUCGGAUGGGAGUAUUGACCUCUCCAAUACCUCAAUCUAAUCACAAUAAUUGUGUAUUUGUGUAAAUAAACAACAUUAACAGUUACACACAUCUUUAUCGGGAGUGAUGUGACCUUUAAAGUUAGGACCGCAACCCGCCAUUAAACCAGAAGAAUAAGGAAAUAUGUGACUGUCUGAAAAAAUAGACGACGUGUUUCCCUGGGAAAUAGGAGUUCGGUCCGGUGAUCCAGUACGGAGAACUGGCCUCCCAUGUGAGCUGGGUGAAGGCUAAGCUAGGCUAGUAGAAAACUCUUCCAAGGUUCCGUCAUCUUGUCCCGCUAUCUCCUUUUGUGUUCAUGUUGUUCUCCACUACAGUGGGCAUUUUACUCAUCAACACACGCGUAUUCUUCACGAGUGGCGAUAUAUUUGGUGAAGUUGAUUUCUAAUUGUAUUUGAUUUGAACUACAGACUGGACCCCCGUUAGCCGCUUAGCUAGUAGCCGCGCAGUCAAAAUGGCGGACAACGAAGACGAUAGUGGUUCUAGCAGAACAAUAACACCCGCUGAGCCGCCAAGCUCCUUGGCUCAGGCCAAUGCUGCGGACUCCACACAGCCCGAGGACGCCGUGUUGCCAGAGCCAGUUGCCCACAGCGCCGAGGAGGCCGAGGGUACGGAAGGCGUGACCGACGAGCAGAGCGGCCAGCGCGGGAACAGUUCGCACGCAGAAUCCGGUGAUCAGAGCGGUCAGCCCGGACAUGAGGAGCAGGCAAUGUCCACUGCUGCCGGGGAGAGCUCUCAGCUAGUGGAUUUCUUACAAACUUGCCCUGAGGAACAAAGCAUCCUGGUGGGCACAGACUUGACCAGUUUGGGCCCAGACAUGAGCAACACCACCAUCAUAUAUGUACAACCUGACGGCAGCCUGGUGGAGGGCUCCGGCCUGACCCCAGAGGAGCAACAGUCUCUCCUGGAACAGCUCACCAAGCAGCAGGUGGUGCAGGUGUCAGACUCAGAGGCUGCCCAGCUACUCCAGCAGAGUCAGGCCAUUAAAAGCACCCCAGUCCAGAAUACAGCUCUAAACCCGAGCCAGCUGCAGCAAGUCAUCAGCCAGGUGACCAAGUCCCAGCACCAAGUCCAGGCCCUGCAGCAGACGGUGAAGCAGGUUGUCCAAGUACAGACCAGUUCUCAGAACAACACCUCACAGCAGUUGAAGAGCGCGGCCCAGCAAGUGUCUUUGCAGAGCAGCAGCACCAUCCAGGUGGGCCAGAAGAAGUCAGAACCAGUUAGGAUCCAGAUCCAGGCUCUUCCUAAACAGGAAGUCAAGCCCCGGCCAGCUCCCCAGCACACUAAUCAGACUGUCAGUCAGCCGCAAGUGACUCUGUCGGCCAAUGGCAGCGCUCAGAUCAUUCACAUCCAGCCUGUGGUGGGCCAGCAGGGCCAGCAGUUAUUUCUACAGCAGAAUUUAGGAGACCCCCCCAUUCAACUGCUCCUUCAAAGUCCCUCCCCUAUGGUAGGAUCGCUGCUCCCAUUGGUUCACAAGCUGCCAGCUCAGACAUCCUCUGGUGUUGUCUCUCCUGCGGCUCACAAACACGUGUCCUCCACCGUGCCUGUCACCUCCACUGCCAAGACUCCACCCACCCCCACUGCUAAAUUUGCAAGUGUGUCGCUGAUAAAGACCCCUGCCAACGGCACAGUGACGACCUCCACUAAAUGUUCUGUUAAAGCAUCCUCGGCAGCAAAAACCUGCGAUCCAGGUGCUACCCCACCCCCUGCAGCAGGCCGCGCUCCACUGGCCCCAACCCCUGCAACAAGGGAUGGAGAGAAAGAAAAGGAAAAGGGGAAGAAGCUGAAGAAGAGAGAGAAGAAAGCUGUCAAAGUCCAGACCCGGUCGGGGCGGGUCUCUAGACCUCCCAAGUACAAAGCUAAAGACUACAAGUUCAUCAAGACAGAGGACUUGGCCGAAAGCCACCAGUCCGACUCUGAUGACUACUCUGACAUGAGUAUGGAAGAUGAGGAGAGGGAGGUUGGGAGGAAGGAUGACUCCGCCCUGGACGACUCCAUGUCACUCACCUACAGCCACAAAUCCCGAUCCCACCGCUGCCAGACCUGCGACAAGGCGUAUAUCGGCCCCGGUGGCCUGAACCGCCAUUACAAACUCAACCCAAGCCACGGAGAGCCAGAACCGUCCUGCGACACGCCACACCUCGUCAGCGACGAAAGCCAAUCACAAGAGCCCACCUGUGUCGUGGCCAAAGAGGAGCUAAAUGAAGAAAAAGCUGCAGAGGCAACCAGCACAGAGUCGGGCCCGGGAGCUGCUGGAGGAUUCCACGGCCUCCACCACCGGGGUCCAGGCAGGCCACGGGGACGAGGACGAGGCAGGGGGCGGGGACGAUCGCUGGGGCCGGCCCUCAAGUUCCCUCAGGUGUCAGGUGGCCUCAUCAGGAGGGGAGGGCGCCGUGGACGGCCUCCCAAGCUCGGCAUCACCAUGGCAACUGCAGAGCAGCAGGUGGAAAGGAGAAGAGAACGCCUGCAGGAGCUUGUGAACCAGUGUGAGGAUGAGGAGCUGAUGGACAUUGUUCUUCCUCGUUUGACCAAAGUCUUAAGUGUGUGGGAGAUGCUGCUGGCCAAGGUGGAGCGUGCCGGUCCAGCUCGCAGUCAUUUUCCAGAUAUUUACCGGGAGUUUGAGUCACUGCAGGCUCAUGUGAGACAGGCUGCCCAGGAUUACAUCAUGGCGCCACUGGGCGGAGCCUCACCCCUUGAGAUUAGGAACAUUGAGGUGGCCAGGUGUCUGGGCAUCUUGGAUGAGGUGAACCGGAUGAAGGUGCUUCCUGGAGCGUCUCCCACUUCCAGUCUAAGCAAUAAAACCAGCCGAUACAUGGAGAACUCAAAGAUGCUGCCCCCAUCCAAGCGCUUCAAGAUGGAGAACAGUGUUCCUCUCCACCAGAACGGCAUCGAGAGAACCGGUACAUCCUCUCAUGCUUGCAGAAGCUGGAGUAUUUCUGUUCGUGCUGUUAGUCAAUCACCUUCUACCGCAUUUCCAGUUGUAAACCCUGCGACCGGUGAAAAUCCAACAGCUAGUGUAGUCUCACCGUCGCCACCCAUUCCAAGUGAAGCCAAACUGUGCGUCUCCACUGCCACAGACUCAUCCCGCUCCACUGAGACCACACAGGCUCCUCCCCCCGUCACACCCAUGGAGGUGACCACAGGUAACCACCAGGGGGAGGAGGCCCCCCUGACAGAAGCUCAAAACCAGAUCCAACAGGUGAAGAGUCGAGAAAAGUCUCCUCCAGUAUCCGCCCAGACACCUGACUCCUGCUCAGUCCAGGAUGUGGCACCUGUGUGCCAGACAGCCUUGGACCUUGCAGAGUCCUGCCAGACCAAAGAACUUGAAGAGGGCCAGGAAAUCUACAUCCAGACUGAGGGAAUGACAGUCCAGCUAGCAGAACCUGGAGAAGAGCGCAUUGUCAUCGUCAACGGGCCAGACGGGACCACAAUGCAUAUCCAAACUCCAGAAGGGGUCCCCUUGGAGGCAGUCCAGGCCCUGCUGGGCAUUGAGGCCUCUGAUGGAUCCAAAGCAACAUAAGCUGUUAAAAUAGUGACAGACUUGAUACUGCAGCUUUGACUUCUCUUGAUAAAUGCUCCUUAUUUUACUUUAUUUAUUUCUUAGCCUGUCACAUGACACAAGUCCAAGUCUUGAUGUUUACUUGAACCUGAUCCAUAAAUCAUGAAAGUACUGGAUUGGUUCAUUCAUUCACCACAUCACGGCUUUUUAAGAAACAGGAGUGUGGAUGUAAAUGUUUUUUUUUUCAUAUUUGGACACGUGACAGAUGAUGUUUAUAUGUAGAUAAUUACAAAAAACAAAGUUGCACUAUUUUAUUACUUUUUAUAACAUGACCAUUUUCCAAUUGUACUCAUUAGAACAAAUAGUCCAUCUCCCUUCCAUAUGACGCCGUUUCCUCAUUUCCAAUAAAAACGUCAGAGCAACAUGA